AUGGAAUCACGCCUUUACUACAAGCAGGAUAUUGCAAGGGCAGCGACGAAAGGUCUUGAGGCUGCGAUGGGACUGAAGCGACUCAAGGAGAUGGCUCCUUCGACAACGAGGCAGCUUUUUACAGCCAUGGUAGCCCUGGUGGUGGACUAUGCGUCCAACGUCUGGGUGCAUGCAUACAAAACAGUAGGGUCGUAUGCGUGUCAGUGUUCAAAUUUUCCCAGGCGUUCUGCUUUUCGGCAGAAUGGCGUUUGCCGAAAGUUCUGUUGGAGAUAUAACACUGAAGGUUCGUCCGAUGCCCAUCUCAACUCAAAUAGACUUGGUAUCUUCCUUCAGCACCUCAGGUAG